CGUUUUGAUUGAAUUUGUGAAUUCCUGUGGUCCUGGAAUGCAACAUUGAGAGGAGCAGCCGUUCCGAAUCCCACUGCCCUUUCCCAAGGGCGACUCCGAGUUAAUCCAACAACGAUGGUGGACUCUCAGUACUACCUCCCCAACGACAUUGGGAUCUCAGCGCUUGACUGCCGCGAGGCCUUUCGUCUGCUGUCACCUCAGGAGAAGAUGUACGCGCACUAUCUGUCACGGGCAGCUUGGUACGGCGGUCUGGUGGUGCUCCUGCAGACAUCUCCAGAGUCUGCAAACAUCUUUGUCCUGCUGCAGAAGAUCUUUAGAAAACAGACUGCAGAAGAGCUGGAGCAGGUCGCUAAAGCAGCUGGCCUCAGCUCUGACGAGUACCAGGCCUUCUUGGUGUAUGCUGCUGGUCUUUAUGCAAACAUGGGCAACUACAAGUCUUUUGGAGACACCAAAUUCAUUCCAAAUCUACCAAAGGACAAGCUGGAAGCUCUGGUGAGGGCCAGCCAAGCAUUUCAGGAGAAUCCCGCUGAGAUGGAGGCUCUGUGGAGCAGCAGCUCAGGCCUCAUUUACUCCCUGGAGGACCGACAGAAACAACUCGGGCUGGGCGAUAAGGGAAUUACUACCUAUUUCUCAGGAAACUGCUGUCUGGAGGAUGCUGAGCUGACUCAGAGGUUUUUAGACUCCAAAAAACUCUCUGCUUACAACACACGCCUGUUCAAGAGGGACAACGGAGGAAAGGCCAGCUAUGAGGUGCGCUUGGCUUCAGCCGUUCAAAAAGACUGUGCGGUGGAUGGAGAGAGUGGGUCGUCCUGCGGCAACUUUAACUUUGAAGACAAAGAGUUCAUCGUUAAGAGAGGAGACUACAGUCCUCUAAUGGAGAAGGUCUGCCAUUAUCUCCAACAAGCCCAGGCCUAUGCUGCUAACGAGAACCAGAGGAAGAUGCUGGAAGAGUACCGGCGCAGUUUCGAGUUCGGUUCUAUUGAAGCCCAUAAAGAGGGCUCGCGGUUUUGGAUCAAGGACAAGGGGCCGAUUGUUGAGAGUUACAUAGGUUUCAUAGAGAGCUACAGGGACCCAUUCGGCUCCAGAGGAGAGUUUGAAGGAUUUGUUGCCGUUGUGAACAAGGCGAUGAGUGAGCGUUUUGCCAAGUUGGUGAGCUCAGCAGAAGUCCUGCUCCCUGAGCUGCCCUGGCCCCAGGAGUUUGAGAAGGACACGUUCCUCAAACCCGACUUCACCUCCCUGGAUGUCCUCACGUUUGCCGGGAGCGGCAUCCCAGCCGGGAUUAACAUCCCAAACUAUGAUGACAUCAGGCAGUCGGAGGGCUUUAAAAAUGUGUCGCUUGGGAAUGUGCUGGCUGUGGCCUACGCCACGCAGAAGGAUAAACUCACCUUCCUAGAAGAAAAGGACAAGGAUCUGUUUAUCAAAUGGAAGGGGCCAUCCUUUGAGGUGCAGGUUGGUCUUCAUGAGCUCCUGGGUCAUGGAAGCGGCAAGCUGUUUGUCCAGGAUGACGGUGGCAAGUUCAACUUCGAUCAGAGUAAGGUGGUCAACCCGGAGACGGGGGAAAGGGUGUCGAGUUGGUAUCGGGGCAGCGAGACGUGGGACAGUAAAUUCUCCACGAUUGCCUCCACCUAUGAAGAAUGCCGAGCAGAAUGUGUCGGCCUCUAUCUCUGUCUGAACAAGCAAGUGCUGAGCAUUUUCGGCCACGACGCGCAGGACGCAGAGGAUGUGGUGUACGUGAACUGGCUGAGCAUGGUCAGAGCGGGACUCCUGGGUCUGGAGUUCUACACGCCUGAGAGCAAGAGCUGGAGACAGGCCCACAUGCAGGCCCGAUUCGUGAUCCUGCGCGUGCUGCUGGAGGCGGGAGAAGGCCUGGUGGGCUUGGAGGAGGUGACGGGCCAGGACGGCAAACCAGACGCCCGAGUCACGCUGGACCGGAGCAAGAUCAACACUGUGGGAAAGAACGCCAUCCACAGGUUCCUCUGCAAACUGCAGGUCUUUAAAUCAACAGCUGAUGUGGAAGGAGGCAGGGCUCUCUACGAGGGUUACUCCGCCGUCGGCGACACCGGAGCUCACAACUUCCUGCGUCUGCGGGAGACGGUCCUGCUGCGGAAAGAGGCUCGCAAAAUGUUUGUUCAGGCCAACACCAGAAUCAGCGGGGAAAGCGUAGAACUGGUGGAAUAUGAAGGCAGCGCGGCAGGUUUGAUUCGCUCCUUCACCGAACGCUUCCAGGAUGACGCAGAGCACCUAGAAGCCACCCUUCUGGAUCUGAACAAAACGGACGCCUCCUGCUGGUGAUGGUGGACGACUGGCUCCACUGGUUUAAGAGAGAAACAACGAAAGUCAGUUUUGAUGUGCUGAGAAGUCAGAAACGGUUUAAAUAAUACUGCCAAAAGAUCAAUUCUUAAAGUGACAAAGCCAUAGGAAGUGUUCGUCAGCUAUCAGGUGCUGUUUGGUCCGCAUCAUGCUGGAUGCUUGAUCUGUUCAAAUUAAGGCAAAUAUGAAUGAACUGAUUUAUAACGCAACAGAUCUCUUUGUAAAACGCACUCAGACAUUUUCUGAUGAGAAAUAUUAGAAACUGUACUACCUGGAAAUUAAAUGGAUUCUUGGAAUCGAAAGAUUGGAGUCGAAAGAUUUUUCUCUCUCAUGACAUUUGACACUCUGUACCUAAACUGAGUUUGAUGCUAAACAAAAAAUAAAAUUAAUGUG